UACUGUACGACGGCGGCGCUCUGAGUUUCGUGCCAUGUCAAUUGUGUAACCACUAGCACAUGCUGCGUAAUACUUUCUCUUCACUUGUAUUUAUCCAAUCGCGAAAGAAAAUAAUUAUAUGCGUUUGUAUCCAUGUGAGAAUAUGCACGUUGUAAAUCGUGAGUGUCGAUAUUUGUGACGUACCAAGUAAAGUAUAAUACUUGAGUCCUCAAGCGACCAACAUCGAGCAGCAUCUACUGGCCCAAUGACUGCAGCCAUCUAUUUGCCAGCACAAAAGCGUCGCGCAUGCGUGAAAAAAUCAAUGGGGAUCGCGCAAAUUUGAUCAGAAAUUGAUCAGUGAAAUGCAGUCACGGAUAAUCAACUCGAGCAUCGAAUCGAGAGCACGGUUCUCCACGAGAUAUGUUAAUCUCUGGACGAAGAUAUUCCAGAAGAAGAAGAAACCGUUAGCUUCAGAGGUCCUAACGAGCUACCUAUUGCAAACCGACGAACCCCCUUGGACUUCGUACUUCGUCCGAUACGCCGACGUGGUGAACGAUCAGCGGGGAAUGUCACACUUCAAUUGGCCAGCGGGCGGCAGCAAUUAUCACGUACUUAGGACCGGCUGCUUCCCGUACAUCAAGUAUCAUUGCAGCAAGCGGCCGAUGCAAGAUCUCAAUAGCGAGGACAGAUUCUUCAAGGCGAUCAAGAUAUUGAACCUUGGUAUCCCUACUCUGAUGUAUGGACUGGCUGCGACGCAGCUUAUCCGACACCGCGAGAUCGUGAAGACGCCUCGGGGUGACGUGACGAUCUAUUUCUUGCUACCAGAGGACAAAGGUUCGCAGUACUGAGACUUGCACCCUACUACGCUAAUCUGCGUCGGGUCUCACAUCGUGGCCUUUCUCGGAGAUGACAUUAACGGCAACGAAAUACAGAGUUGUACCAAUGAUUGUUGCUCCUUUUUUCAAGAAGCCUCCUUAUUUCUCGUUAUUCCAUCGAGUUCCCAAGUACAAAACGGAAAGGGAAUCGAGCGGCGCAAGAAACUUCCAACCGUCUGAACAUUCUGCUUAUCCAUAACAGAUGCGAUCACUAAUGUUAAUUGAAAAAAAUGAAGAAGCUGAAAAUAGCGAUUCUGAAUAGUGUCGUUUUUCCUUGUAAAAGAAUACGGUAGGAUUUA